AGCUAAUGUUACAAGAAAUUUUCACAAGACAAACCGGGAAUAUAAAAAAUGUAAACAAAUAUGUUUGAGAUAGGAAAUUAUGUUUCUCUUAUUAUCACAGCAAUUCUUUGGGGAGUUACUAAUGUUUUGAUCAAAAAUGGUUCCAAAGGAAUAAACAAAGUGAAAUCUGACAGCAAAAUCAACCAAAUUCUUUUAGAAAUAAAAUUCUUAUUUUUAAAUUGGAAGUAUCUGCUUCCAUUUGUAAUAAAUCAAAUUGGAUCACUGCUGUAUGUGUAUGCUCUUCAAAAAAAUAAUCUGUCGAUUGCUGUCAUUGUCACAAAUUCUCUUACUUUGCUAAUAACUUCGAUAACAUCGCUUAUCGUUGAAAAGAAAGUUAUAAGUUAUCGUAUAUUUAUUGGAGCAAUGCUGAUAACUUUCGGAUCCUCUAUUUGUGUCAUUAGUUCACAAUCCUGAUAAUGUUUUAAACAUUAAAAUAAAGAUUAUAAAAAU